AUGUCGUCUCUACUUCCUAAAUCCCCUUCAUCGGCUUCCAAGAUUAAUAUUACCACAGGCCAGCUUCCCUCAUAUGUGAACGCCACGCAGGCUCCGACUAAGAAAUCUCCAUGGCGCACCAUCCGGGGGCUCGAAUAUAAUCAAUAUGCCACGGUCAUUCUUCCCGAUGAGCUAUACAGCCUCCUUUGGAAGAAAUUAGACGCGAGCAUGGAGCCAGUAAAAUAUGCAAAGGUCAUCAUGAAGCUAGCAGAUGUACUCAGUGGAGAUUUCUUCACGGAAUAUGUAAAAAGAGGGAACAUUCUCAUGGUCUCAGAGGGCGAAGCUGGUGUUGAUAACAUCUUUUCGUUGAAAGAAGGAGUCCUGAGACUGGAGCUUUUGAAAGAAUCGUAUGAGCGGGCUGGUCUGCAAGGCAAGCCCAUACCUUCUGGUGGCAGCAAGCACGUCAAGUUGAGAUAUCUCGUAGAGGUCGACCUUCGUCUACCGUCAAUGUUACACGGAAAAAAGGGCUUCGAGCGGCUCGUCUGGGCCGCAAAACAUGCUCUAAACCAAAGCCUUAACUGGCUCUUCAUCGACCUCAAUACAAAAACUGGAGAUAUCUCGGAUCAGAGUACACUGCCUCUGAGCGCACACCAUCCUACAAUCCACAUGAUUUCACCAGCGACACAGUCUCUGACAAAUGUCUUGACUCCUCGUACAUUGACCGCAAUAUCUGAUGAGUUCUCCCUUCCACCAGCAGAGGCGCAUGAGUCUUUGUAUGAUAUGUUGGAAUACGUAGAUAUGCUCUCACUAGCUUCGCCCCGCGUACAAGCCACCGACCAGGCUCACUCUUUCCUCAGCCAGUAUCAGGUGCCUGACCUCUCAGACGAUCCGGAUUCAGGCGGUUCAGAACAGACGGUCAAAGUCCUCACAUGGUCCGGUCUCAUACCAUCGCGAUGGAUAUUGGAACUAUUGUGCGCUGUCAUAAAACAUUCCCGCACCGAACUCUUGGAAGCACUUCCAAAGCAGCAACAGUGGCUCGCAAUCAGUGUCUCUUCCCACAGGAUGCAAGCAGUCAACCAAGUUGACGGAUACACAAUUUUACUUCAGCCGGCCCGCCCUUCCGAACGACCACAGAACAUUCAUCCAGACAACUCGACAGCCGCCAUGCCGUUAGACACAAACGAGAACCUGGGUGAGGGUUUGCACCGAUCUCCGAACCAAGACCAUGAAGACGAUAUAGAUAUGACAGAAGAGUCGACCUCAGCAGACCCUCAGCGGAAUCAGGAGCCUCUCCCAUCAAGAACUGGCUUUCAUCGCUAUCUCUGCGCGGAAUACAUUGGCAGUCUGACAUAG